AUGGCCACAUCCUCGUCACAGCCAGCAGAUGCGCCGCCAUCUUAUGAACUAGCAACCGGCAGUUCCUCAGAACCGAAACCCCUUCGCCGUGUCUCUACUGACGGCCCUGCUUCACGGACAGCGCGAAACGGUAUCCCACCUGAACACCGCCGCUCAAUGGAAGAUGAAAAUCGCGAUCUCCCUCCAGGAUGGGUUCGACAAUUCGACCCCACAGAACACCACCAAUUCUUUGUUGACACCAAGGCCAACCCACCCCGGAGUAUCUGGACGCAUCCCUACGACGACCCGGACUUCCUCGCCACACUGAGCCCAGAAGAGCGCAAGAAAUAUAGCCGCAUGCACCGCAGCGUAACACUCGAGGACAUCACGGCCGAGAGCAGCGACGACGAAGAUCACCACCACCCCAAGCUCCCUCCCCGCACGAAAGCCGCUGGUGGCACCUCACAUGCAUCGUCUUCCGACCAGCCAACCGGCAUACACAAGUUCACCCGCAAGAUGAAGGACAAGCUCACGGACAGCACGCACGAGCAGCGUCAGCGACAGCGUAGCCAGCGCGAAGAAGCAGAGCGAAAAGCGUACCAGGCGCAUAUGCAGGCCAGAAAGGCAAUGGCGCGCGCAAUGGAGACAGGGCAGCCGCAAUUCUUGUGCAAGGAUCAGCAGGGUCGCGACGUGUUCAUCGAACCACCGGGCGGUCCUGGUGGCUACGGUUAUGGGCCGCAGGGAGCGUACGGGUACAGUCCUUACGCACAAGGUCCUUAUGCAAAUCCUAAUGCCAGGUUUGUUCGCCCAAGUGGACCGUAUGGGAGGCCUUAUGGCUAUGGUUAUGGUGGUGGCAUUGGGGCGCCUGUCGCGGCGGGGUUCCUGGGUGGUGCGCUGCUUGGUGGGCUAAUGUUCUAA